AUGACAACGAGAGUACUCGUAAAAUCCGAUGCUGGACAGCCGCGGACGCUGCCGGAAGCUGCCCAGGGAGAACGAAAGGUCCUCAACAAGUACUUCCCUCCGGACUUUGAUCCGGCCAAGUUGCCUAGAGGCAAACGGCCGGAUCACAAUGUCAUGAAAGUGCGCAUGAUGCUUCCCAUGAGCAUACGAUGCGGAACAUGCGGCACCUACAUGUACAAAGGCACCAAGUUCAACACGCGCAAAGAGGACGUGGAGGGCGAGAACUACCUGGGCAUUCAGGUCUUCAGGUUCUACUUUCGGUGCUCAGCCUGCGCAGCGGAGAUCACCAUGAAGACCGACCCAGAGCAUGCAGACUAUUCCAUGGAGCAGGGCGCAUCACGCAACUACGAGCCCUGGCGAGAGAAGGAUCGAGAUGUUGCGGAGGCUGUUGCUGCACGCGAGGAGGAGGAGAGAGGGAAUGCCAUGAAGGCGCUGGAGAACAGGACGCUGGACAGCAAGCGCGAGAUGGACAUCAUGAAUGCGCUGGACGAGAUGAAAUCGCUCAAGGCGCGGCAGGAGCGCGUCAACAGCGAAGCGCUGCUUUCCGCCCUCAAGCGCAGCGGUGACGAGGAGGAAGUCAUCCUCGAAGAAGCAGACGAGGCGGCGGUGCGCGCAAUGUUGAUGCAGCAGCAGCGCUUUGUGCGGCGGUUGGACGAGGGGCCCGCGCCGGCGUCUUCAAGCCAACCAGCCGCGGCUAAUGCCCCGGCACUUGCUGACCGGGAGGAUGCAGGAGCGGCAGCGAGUGGGCUGGCCACGCAGCAGCAAGCACCUGCAAAGGGGCGACAGCCGGCAGCCCCAACAAGGCCGAGACCGAUGCAGGUCAUCGUCAGAGUUAAGAGGAAAGCAGAGAAUGGAGCAGACAAUGGUGCAGUGCAGCCUGAGGCAAAGAGGCAGGAAAAUGGAGGUGCAGCCGAGGAGCCUGCAGAAGACAGCGGUGGAGGGCUGGGAGGACUGGUGGGGUAUGGCACUGACAGCGACAGCCAGUGACUGUCCAAAACAAAGUAGAAGUGAUUGCAGGCACUUGUUUUUGUGCCUUGAAAGUUGGAGUGUCGGCGUCCACUGAGUUGCUUGAAACAGAUGUUGACCAUGAAAGGUAAAAAAACUGUAAAUAUGGUACUGCAAUUU